AGUAACAUUAAACACCUGAAUUUUGGGGGGAUUAUGAUGUCUUCUUUUUUUCCAGAAUGAAGUGGUUGGUGCUUGCUGUUGCCCUGGGCUUUUUGGGCCUGGCCCAAGGUCGGAGUGAGGGGGAUGCAAGGAUCGUGGUGGCCAGGUCGGUCAAGACAGCCAUCGCUUUCAACACCGUCACCUCCACCAACCCCGUCACCUGCAUCUUCGCCGCCAACGCUGCUGUCUGCCAGAGGAGGCGAUUCAGGCGCUUCAUGCCCAUCAUUGACCAUGAAAAUCAAGAAACAUUGGUGGAUAGUUCACUCGACAAAGAUACGGAUGACGAGGAGGAGGAUGUACCCAGACAAGGGAAGCGUGGUGGCCGCAUUGCCGUGACUCUCUGGACCACCGUAUCCAGCACCUUCACCAUCACCACCACCUCCACAGACACCCUGACCACCUUCUCGCUCUCCUACUUCUGUACAGUUAAUGGAGCAUCUAGUCCUCCAAGCUGUGGGUGAGGGUAAACGCUCACCAAGCGGCCCCGAUGUAACUGGACUCUUUGGAAGCCUAUAUCGUAUUUUUGAGAAUUCUCACUGUAUACUAGUAUUAUAUUUUAUAUAUAGGGGUCAAUUAUGUAAAUACUGUACGUAAAUAUAUUGCAAAUGUUUUC